UUGCAUUUUUCUGCCCUUUUCUAUCAUCUCUCUCCCUGGGUUCCAUAUUCAAAUCCACGAGGCGCCCUGAAUGUUUACAUCCUCAUUCAAUCGCUACAUUCAAAAUCUCUCUUUCCAGUAUCAUCUCAAAACAAAUUCUACCAGCUUCCAAUUAAGCUAGGGAUUUAAUUUGCGGUCUUGGCACUGAUUGAUUGAGAAUGGAAAUGAAUAACUCUGAUAACAAGGACUCGUUGCAAUGUGUAAGAGUUGCUGUGAAUAUUAGACCACUGGUUACGUCCGAGCUUCUUGUUGGAUGUACUGACUGCAUAUCCGUGUUCCCAGCUGAAAGUCAGGUGCAGAUUGGAUCGCACUCCUUCACGUUUGAUUACAUUUUUGGGAAUGGGGGGUAUCCGUGUUCGCGUAUAUUUGAUGAAUGUGUUGCCCCACUUGUUGAUGCUCUCUUCCAUGGCUACAACGGCACAGUGCUCGCCUAUGGCCAGACCGGUUCAGGAAAAACUUACACAAUGGGUACAAAUUAUGGUGGAGAAGAGCAUCAAAAUGGAGUCAUUCCUAAAGUAAUGGAUACCAUUUUUUCAAAAGUGGAGGCUAUGAAAGAAUCUGCAGAGUUUUUGAUAAGAGUGUCUUUUAUUGAGAUUUUUAAGGAAGAGGUGUAUGAUUUGCUAGAUCCAAACAUACCAUCUAUGUCCAGAAGUGAUCUGCAACCGAAGUCUACUGGUCUUGCAAGAGUCCCUAUUCAAAUUCGAGAAACAGUGAGUGGAGGGAUUACACUUGCUGGAGUAAAAGAGGCAGAAGUCAAGACAAAAGAUGAGAUGGCAUCAUACCUAUUGCAGGGUUCGGUAUCUCGUGCCACUGCGAGCACAAAUAUGAAUAGUCAGUCAAGUCGUUCACAUGCCAUCUUCACAAUUUCUAUGGAGCAAAAGAGAACAACCAGUUCGUCAGUUGGAGAUGAUGUUGGAGAUGAUAUUUUGACUGCUAAACUACAUUUGGUUGACCUUGCGGGAUCCGAGCGUGCAAAACGAACAGGUGCAGAUGGAACACGCUUGCGUGAAGGCAUUCACAUUAACAAGGGAUUGCUUGCUCUUGGUAACGUCAUUAGUGCCUUGGGUGAUGACAAGAAGAGAAAAGAAGGAGGUCAUGUUCCUUAUCGAGACAGCAAGUUAACACGUCUAUUGCAGGAUUCACUCGGAGGAAAUAGUAAAACGGUUAUGAUUGCUUGUGUUAGCCCUGCUGAUGUGAAUGCAGAAGAAACACUAAACACAUUAAAAUAUGCAAAUCGUGCUCGUAACAUUCAAAACAAAGCAAUUGUCAAUCGUGAUCCAAUGGCAACUCAGGUGCAAAGGAUGCGAAGUCAAAUCGAACAGUUGCAGGCAGAGUUGCUUUGCUUUCGUGGAGAUUCCACUUCACCAGUUGAAGAACUUCAGAUGCUUAAGCACAAAAUUUCUCUGCUUGAGGCAAGCAAUGAUGAGCUAAGAAAGGAACUUCAAGAAUGUAGGAUCAAUAAUGAGCAACUAAAGCAGCGUACUUUUGAUGCACAGGUGGAAAGGGAUGGAUUGCUUUUCAAAAUUGAAUCUUCUCAAAAUGGGAAAAAUUGGAAUGAGAUUGACUCAAAUUCGGAGAAGGAUUUUAAUUUGGUGAAAACUUAUGUCUCUAAAAUUCAAGAUCUAGAGGGAGAAGUGCAGCGUUUGCAAAAUUUGGACAGGUCAAGAUGCAAGGAUUAUGCUUCCGAUUAUGUUGGCUUGGAAGAUGAUGGACUUCACUCUGGAAACUCCUAUAUCAUGGAUUCUGAUAUAAAAAAUGUUGAAACAAAUGUGGAGGCUGAAGACGUGGAGAAAGAGCUAGAGCAUUCUUCUCUUCAAGAAAAAUUGGAUAAAGAACUACAAGAAUUGGACAAAAGACUUGAACAGAAGGAGGCUGAAAUGAAGAGGUUUGCAAGCGCCGACACUUCAGUCCUGAAGCUGCAUUAUGAGAAAAAAGUUCAAGAUUUGGAACUCGAAAAGAGGGGCUUGCAGAAAGAGAUUGAAGAACUUAGGCACAAUCUUGCAAAUAUUUCGUCCAACUCUGACGAUAGCGCACAAAAGCUGAAGGAAGAGUAUCUUCAAAAGCUUAAUGUCCUAGAAACCCAGGUAGCCGUGCUGAAGAAGAAACAGGAUGCUCAAGCUCAGUUAUUGAGACAAAAACAAAAAAGUGACGAGAAUGCGAAAAGAUUACAAGAGGAGAUUCAUAGAAUAAAGACACAAAAGGUUCAAUUACAACAAAAGAUAAAGCAAGAAUCCGAACAGUUUAGGUUAUGGAAAGCAUCUCGAGAAAAGGAAGUUCUUCAGCUAAAAAAAGAAGGAAGAAGGAACGAGUAUGAAAUGCAUAAGCUUUUGGCAUUAAAUCAGAGGCAAAAGAUGGUCUUACAAAGAAAGACCGAAGAAGCCUCUAUGGCUACCAAACGACUCAAAGAGUUGCUAGAAUCUCGGAAAGCUUCACGUGAAAUAUUUGGUGGUGGAAAUAAAAAUGGUCCAGGAAUUCAGGCAUUAUUGCAGGCAAUUGAGGAUGAACUUGAGGUUACAGUACGGGUACAUGAAGUGCGAUCAGAAUAUGAACAUCAAAAAGAGGAGAGGACAAAAAUGGCUAAAGAGCUUGCAGAACUGAAGGACGAAGCACAACGUCAAAAGCAGUACUUGAGUCAAGGCCCACAGACAAUGUCUCCUUGUGCUAGAAAUUCAAGAAUUGUUGCUCUUGAAAACAUGGUAGCUACUGCAUCAAGUACCCUUAUUUCUAUGUCAUCCCAAUUAUCAGAAGCAGAGGAACGUGAACGGGCAUUUAAUGGCAGAGGAAGGUGGAACCAUGUUCGUUCCCUUGCUGAAGCUAAAAAUAUCAUGAACUUCCUUUUCAACUUGACAUCCUCCUCCAGAUGCCAGCUAAGGGAUAGAGAAGUCAACUGCAGAGAGAAGGAUUGUGAAAUAAGAGAUUUGAAAGAAAAAAUAGUCAAUUUGGUUAGACAGUUGGAAAUGCAAAAGGCUGAACUCAGUCGUCAAGAGAAGUUAAUGAAGUUGGCUUCAAAGAGACAAUCGAGGGAAAUGACUAAAAGUUUUGAAACUCACAUGCUCAAUAACAGUGAAGGUCAUGCUUAUGACUUGCGGCCGAAGGGAUCUCGGAACUCCAUUGUUUUCAAUGGUGGAAGGUAUAAUUGCGAGUUGUUAGAAGAUAUGGAUACAUCGGAUGAUGAUCUUCAGCCAGAGGAUUCUGAUAUCCGUAGCGACGAUGAUGCUGAGUGGGUACGUACUAAAGAAAAAAAAAUGCGCCAAGAUAGGAAAAAGCAGUUUAAAAUUGAUAAUCAUCUUGAACUAGAAUCGAAUGUAAAAGGACAAGAUUUAAUGACUUCGAAAGAUGGAGUCUGCUGCUCAUGCAGUAAAUAUUCUUCAUGCAAGACAAUGAGAUGUGAAUGUCGAGCUGCAGAGGGUAGUUGUGGAUCGUCCUGUAGCUGUGAGCCCACAAAAUGCAGCAAUACAGAGGAAGCUUCUAGGAAAGUCUCAGUGCAACCAGAAUUUGUUGAAGCUUUCGAAAAUUUAUCAAUGGCAACUGAAAAUGAGAAAAGCCAUGUUCUUGCUGCUGAAGGAGCAAAGUUACUUCAAAGUGCUCUAUCUGAGAAGCCUGUCAUCACAAGUGAUGGAGGGACCGGAAGGAAGCCUUUAUCAGACAUCGGGAAUGACCUGACAAAAUCAAACGCACCAAAGCCCAAAAAGAGAAAAAAUUGGCGCAAAUCAGUUAUUCAACUUGUUCCUGCUAUCCCCCCCACAUUGGAAGCUCAAGGCCCUGUAAAAUCAGAAAGCAAUGUUGAGGCUGAUAUUCCUUUGAAGUUACCAAGAGCAAUGCGCUUUGCUUCUGUAAAUAACAAUCCUUUGAAAGAAAGGAAUUUGGAUCAGCCAAUUGAGUCUGUCGUUGAUAAGGACACAACAAGCACUUCAACAGCACCUGUAAGUCCUCAUCAACAGACAAGAACAACGAAUGGUAAAGAAAACCAGGGACAAUAAGCUAUUUAGUGUUCCUCCCAGUUGAAUUGAAACGGGGAUCAGUUUUUCGAAUCUUGUAGUGUAUGGUAAUUGCUCAACCUAGUAGGUUUGAUCCUGUCCUCACAGGUGUUUCUACGAACUUUGAUCAGCAAGAAUGAAAUUGAUUAUUGGGGGUCGUUAAAGAUGUAUGAAUUUUCAUUGAUCAUGUUAUUUGUGAAAUAUACUUGUAUAUUCCAGGGAAAAGGCCGACUUAAUUUCUUUUUCUU